UUUUGACAAUCAGCUGUGUUUAAGUGUUCGAAUGGCCGAGGAACAGAAAAGUCUUGUUUACACUACUUUAGCCAUCCUUGGUGAGGACGUGUAUCACAUCAAUGAUGGAUUCUGUCAUUGUCCGAGAAGAGGUGGAAAAUAUCCCUCUGUAUGGAGUUAAUGAUAUGGAACCUGAUAAUAGAAUUACGGAAGUAAACCAUAAUGUGAAUUUACGCCGCACUCGCACUGAUGUCCACAUGUCACAGAGGAAUCAGCAAGGGCAUUCAAAAAGCCAUUCUUUCAGUGGUCAAGACUAUAGGCAACAAAGUACCUUGCCAUCACGAUAUGGAGGUGAAUAUCUUGGUAGCCAUUCCCACCAUUAUGGAUCAUCAUGCAGACCUUCAGCUUGGUUUAAUACUGUUAUUGCCCGACGUAGGAGAGGUGUCACUCCAUACACAGAAGAGGAAGCAGUAGAUGAAAUAACAGAAGCAAUGGAAGGAGAUGAAAAACUUAUGUCUGAUGAUGUUGAUGGAGAAAUUAUGCGCAGAGAAACUGUUAGGGAGCUAAGCAAACCACUUCGAGUAAAAAAAGAAAUCAGGAGAAGACUCACUGCAAGGCGUUCAUCCACACGUGCUGCUUCACAUAAUAUAUCAGGCUUUAAACAGUUCAAGUACAGCAUGAGUAUGUAUUGGUACAAGGUAAGGCAAUCAGUGGAAGACACAUUCCAUGAUUACAGCCUCUGGCAUAAGGAGCUCAAGGAAAUAGAAGGAAUGUUUGGCACAGGUGUUGGUUCCUACUUCAGGUUUUUACGCUAUCUCUUCAUCCUGAACUUCGUCAUCACUGUUUUAGUGUGUGGGUUCCUAUUAACACCACAGUUGUUGCAAAGAAUGAACUCAAAAGGAAUGGAUUCUGCCACUGGAAACAAAUCUGAAAGUAGUGCAUCCUUUUCCCAAGUAGGACACAAUACUUUCGCACUUAACAUCCAAGAGAAAUCAGUGUCUUAUGUUGAUAACAUUGUAGACGAGAUCUCAUGCCAGCCUCUUGCCUAUCUGGAGUCUUUCAAUUUUCUGGAUUUAAUAACAGGAGCUGGUUGGUUCAGUAAUGCAGAGCUGUACUAUGGCACUUACACAAAUUGCAGUAUAAGUUUAGUUGAUGGGCAGAUAUACAACAUGCCUGGAGCAUACUUCUUUCUAGUCUUUGUUGCAUUUUGUGUGUACCUUAUUUCCAUCCUCCACAGAGUCAUCGUUCUAUAUAAGAACAACUAUAUAGAUACGGAGCAUGAUGUAACAUCAACAUUUGUCAAGAAAGUGUUUUCCUCUUGGGAUUUCACCAUCACAGAGAGGAAAGCUGCAAAUAUUAAACACAGGAGUAUUUAUAAUGAACUCACUGAGUUGCUUCAGGAACUGCAAUGUGAAGACAUUGAUGAAGAUCUCUGUACCAGGAUUGUAUGGCUCACUGUCAAACUAGGGUUUUGGGCUUUGAUCAUAGGAUUCCUAGCACUGAUGGGCUGGGCCAUGUACAUCAUGCUUAAUGAAGAUAUUCCUUCAAGCGUGGAGGGUAGUGGUAUGCAUCUACUUGUGUAUCCCUUGAUUGUAACAGUUAUCAUGAUCAUUGUUCCUGCAUUGUUUGAAGGCCUGGUCAACAUUGAGGGAUACAAGAUUCCAAGACAUAGGCUUUAUGUGACUCUAAUAAGGACCAUCAUGCUAAUGCUGACAGUCUUAAGUGUCCUUGUGGGCUUCUGGUAUUUGCAGGAGAGGAAGCAAGAGGGAAGUGAUACUGUAGGUACUACUUUGUCCCCAAAUAUGGAUGAAAAUACUUGUUGGGAAACCUCUCUCGGACAAGAGAUAUACCGCCUCCUGUUUAUAGACUUCAUUGUUGCCCUCAUUGUACAGAUGGCACUCAUAAUCUUUUUUAUUAUUACUUCUCGAAGGAAACUGGAAGGUGUUCUUGCACACAUUCAGGAGUUCAACGUGGCAAGAAACACACUGCAUUUGAUAUAUAACCAGACCCUUUUAUGGGCUGGAUUAUUUUUCUGCCCACUCACGCCUAUUAUUGUUCUCCUUAAGAUUGCCAUCAUUUUCUACAUACAAAAGUUCACUAUCUUAAAGUUCCUGCAGCCAGAUGAACGUCCAUGGAGAGCAGCCCAGACAGAAACAGUUUUCUUUGCAUUGACAUUAGUGUCAUUGAUAUUGUCUUUCAUAGGUUACGGCUUCAUUACUGUCAGAGGUGAUGCAUCGCAUGAUUGUGGGCCAUUCAGGAAUUAUGAUCACUAUAUAGAUUUCCUAUGGGAUCUUACUAACAGCAACCAGCAGACAGUCCUAAGUGUGAUCUCUUGGAUCUUCAAGCCAGGGGUGGUCGCAGGAAUCCUAGGGAUCUUAAUCCUUUUGGUAUACUGUGCAAAAUCCAUGGCAGAAGGGCGAGCAGAGAUGAUUAAUGUACUACGAAAACAGCUGGAGCUUGAAAUGCGGGAUAGAGCUUUCCUCCUUCAGUUGACAGACAGAGUAUGUAGAGGAGAAUAUAGGCCCACAGUUACUGAUGAUAUUCAAAGAGUUGCAACUUGUUCUUCAAAUAGAGAUCUACACAGCUUGACUCAAAGGGGCUCAUUUGUGUUUACAGAGAGCAAAGGCUAUCAUGACAACAGUGAUCUAAAUGAUAGACCUUUUUGUGGAUCCUUAGAUUGUGAAGAGGGUAGUAAUAGCAUGCCUCGGGUUUCAACAUGAUAUAAUUAAUAUACUUCACUUAGAGUCUCUUGGAGAAUCACUGCUUUAGGAGUCAAGGUGUGUAACCGCUGAUUUCUACUCCAGCAGUUAUUAUGCAAGAUACCACAUACCACUUUGUAUUGACUUUGAUGCCUAGGCUCAGUAAUUAGCUUUAAACAGGCUGUAGACUAAGUUGACUAAGGUGUUACAUAUAUUUACUUUUAAAUCAGGAAUAUAUAAAUAUUGUAUGCAGGUAUUGUUUCAAAUUUUGGCAGUUAUUAAUUUCUCUUUUUUCUUGUUUCUCUAAUGUAGAUAUAAUUAUCUUAAGUAUGUGUGCAUUAGUGUGAAAAUAUUUUUAUCACUGGCAGUCACUGAGCUAUAUAAAUAAUAUUGGUGCCUUUAUUCAAAUGUUAUGUAUUAGACAGAUUGUUUUAUUAUUUUUGUGUGUUGUUGAUUGCUUUUAGUUUAUAUAAAUACAAAUAGGAUAUUUCAAGUAAUAUUUUAAUGAAAUUUAGAAACUUAUAUUUUUCAUGUGAAGAUAUCUGUAAUGGUUUAAAUAUAUGAAUCAUAAAUGUAGUCUUUAGUUCAAGUACAUAUUCUCUAGUUGAUUUUAACUGUUAAACUUUUCUUCUUGUAUCUUUAUGAAAUAAAUUGAUUGACAUUU